CCCCGAGCCCUGAGGCCCCAGUGACUCUCUCUCCUUCCCCACAGCUGCCCAUGAUGGGAGGAGCCUUCAUGGACUCGCCCAACGAGGACUUCAGCACCGAGUACUCCCUCUUCAACUCCUCCACCAACAUCCACGCGGCCUCCGGCGGCCAGGGCCCGCCCGAGGAGCCCGCGCGCUCCUCCAACGACGCCGUCCUGCUGUGGAUCGCCAUCAUAGCGACGCUGGGCAACAUCGUGGUGGUGGGGGUGGUGUACGCCUUCACCUUCUGAGCGGCACCCCGCGCGGCUCACUGCGGCGAGGCUGGGGCGGAGCGCCCACGUUCCA